AUGGCUGAUCCUCUUUCCAUCAUUUCUUCCAUCAUCACGCUUCUACAGGCGGCCAAGACCGCUUACGACACCGUCCAAGGUGCCAUCCGCCUGCCCGAAGCAUUCGGCCAGAUACAUAGCCGCAUCGAUUUGGCUACUGAAACACUCGUCGAGAUCAAGCGGAGAUACAAAGGGCAAACCAACGAGGAGAACAAGAUCAAGGGAACGCUUCGAGAAUGCGAAAGGGACGCCGAAAAUAUCAAGAAGAUUUUUGUAGCUGUGUGCUCUGCGGCAAGUUCGGACUGGCUUGACCGUCAACGAGGAUACGUCUCGAAUAUAGUGCACGAUCACAAGGGCACUCCGUGCACUCUCUGA